UUAAAAGAAUAACCAGUUGAAAAGCCUCUCCGACGCACAACAGUAUCUCUUUCUUCAUGGGCUGAGUGUUUCUCUCCUCUCCCCUCCACAGAUUCUCACUGCCCUGAGAAACACUCUCCCGCCCGAACCCAUCAUUAUUUCCCCUCCCUUUUCUCACUACCCAGUCAUGGACUUGUCCACCAAACUCCACUCUACCUUCUUCACCGGCUCAACCUUUUUCAAUCCUCGACAAAAAUCCACUCUUUUUAAACCAAACCCAUCUCUCUUAUCCACUAAAUACAACACUAAUUCCUUCAAAUUCCCUACCAGAAGAUCGAAUUAUAAAACCAAAGCACGCUUAUCAACUGCCACGGUGGAAACAUCUGGUGCUGACUCCAAAACUGACAUUGAAUCAUUGUUUUCGAGCAAUUCGGAUGUUGAGUUCGACAAGAAACGCUCAAACAAGCAGUCAAACGGUGGGGCUUCAGGGAUAUCUUCAGGUAUUAAGCUAGAAAACAUAAGCAAGAGUUAUAAAGGAGUUACUGUUUUGAAAGACGUGACUUGGGAGGUGAAAAAAGGUGAGAAAGUUGGAUUAGUUGGUGUAAAUGGAGCAGGGAAAACGACCCAGUUGAGAAUUAUAACUGGACAAGAGGAGCCUGAUUCAGGGAAUGUGAUUAAAGCCAAAGCGAAUAUGAAGAUUGCGUUUUUAAGUCAAGAGUUCGAGGUUUCUAUGAGUAGGACCGUGAAGGAGGAGUUUAUGAGUGCUUUUAAAGAGGAAAUGGAGAUUGCUGAGAGGCUAGAAAAGGUGCAAAAGGCUAUUGAGGGAGCUGUGGAGGAUUUGGAGUUAAUGGGGAGGUUAUUGGAUGAGUUUGAUUUGUUGCAGAGAAGAGCACAAGCUGUGGACUUGGAUGAAGUUGAUGCAAAGAUUAGUAAGUUGAUGCCUGAGCUCGGGUUUUCGCCUGAAGACUCAGAUAGAUUGGUGGCUUCUUUUAGUGGUGGGUGGCAGAUGAGGAUGUCGCUUGGGAAGAUUUUGCUUCAGGACCCAGAUUUGUUGCUUUUGGAUGAACCCACAAACCACCUUGACCUUGACACGAUUGAGUGGCUUGAAGGCUAUCUCCAGAAGCAAGAUGUGCCAAUGGUCAUCAUAUCUCAUGACAGAGCCUUUCUUGAUCAAUUAUGUACGAAAAUUGUGGAGACUGAUAUGGGCGUGUCAAGGACAUUUGAGGGGAAUUAUUCUCAAUACAUCAUAUCAAAAGCAGAAUGGGUUGAAGCUCAGCUUGCUGCCUGGGAGAAGCAACAAAAGGAAAUUGAGCACACAAGAGAAUUAAUAAGUAGGUUAGGUUCAGGAGCAAACUCUGGCCGUGCUUCUUCUGCUGAGAAGAAACUGGAGAGACUUCAAGAAGAGGAUCAAAUAGAGAAGCCAUUUCAACACAAACAGAUGAAGAUCAGGUUCCCAGAGCGCGGGAGAAGUGGAAGAUCUGUUGUUGCCAUCAAUAAUUUGGAAUUUGGUUUUGAGGAUAAGGUGCUUUUUAAUAAGACAAAUCUUAUGAUAGAAAGAGGCGAGAAAAUUGCUAUUAUUGGUCCAAAUGGAUGUGGUAAGAGUACUUUACUGAAACUGAUCAUGGGUUUAGAGAAGCCAACAGGAGGCCAAAUUAUGAUCGGGGAACAUAAUGUACUACCAAACUAUUUUGAGCAGAACCAGGCUGAGGCACUUGAUUUAGAUAAAACAGUAAUUCAAACAGUGGAAGAAGUUGCGGAGGACUGGAGACUUGAUGAUAUAAAGGGACUCCUUGGUCGUUGUAACUUCAAAGCUGAUAUGCUUGAUAGAAAGGUUUCACUUUUGAGUGGUGGUGAGAAGGCACGUUUAGCAUUUUGCAAAUUCAUGGUAAAACCUUCAACUUUACUAGUUUUGGACGAACCAACUAAUCACUUGGAUAUACCUUCAAAAGAGAUGCUUGAGGAGGCCAUAUCAGAAUACAGUGGCACAGUCAUUACAGUUUCUCAUGACCGGUACUUCAUAAAGCAAAUAGUUAAUAGAGUUGUGGAAGUCAAAGACGACAAGUUACAGGAUUAUGCAGGCGAUUACAAUUAUUAUCUAGAGAAAAAUCUUGACGCAAGGGAGAAAGAGCUUGAACGUGAGGCAGAGCUUGAGGACAAGGCUCCCAAAGUAAAGGCCAAAUCCAAGAUGUCAAAGGCUGAGAAGGAAGCUCGAAAGAAACAAAAAAUGAAGGCCUUUCAAGCUGCCAAACAAAAGUCAAAAGGGUUGAAGAAUUCCAAGAGAUGGAAUUGACAGCUUUACACUAAAAGAUUGAACAUCACACUUCGUUAAACUAAUUUUAUCUUGUAAAGAUCCUAGGAAGUGAGGUGGCCUGAUUUGUGCCAGGAACUCGACCUUUGUAUAUAAGAUCAAUAGAAAGGCAGGUCUUGGUUCAAAAUUGAAAUGGGAAAUCUUGUGAUCCAAGUUUCUGCUUCUGGUUUGACCAUGUUAUAAAUUGUUUACGGCAGGACAAGAUCUUUAUAAAUGUCAUGUGACGGUCUGAUUAA